UGCUAAUUGUCAGAUGGAAGCUUCUGUGUGAGCUUUCCGACUCGAGGCUGCUAGACGAAGUCUUCUUACAUUUACUCACAGGGUGCAUAAUCCUUCUUUAAGGGUGGGCUGACCUCACGAUUUGCUCUCGCCUUCGGAUCCUAUUUGUUCUUCUACAGCGACCACCUCCUUGACCGCUCUACUGUUAUCACACUGCGCUACGUCUAUGCGAUUCGACUACCAACGACGAACGGUGCAAUGUGUCCGUUUUAGGAGCGUCGUUUAGUUUGUAGGAUUGAAAAUUGCGUAAUGUUGCGCAGUGUGCAUUGUUCCACGCGAGCGGGAAAUCGGCACGCUCGUUCUACAAUGCUAGGCUCGUCUCGCUUCCCGCAAUUACUCCACCACUUUCUCUUCCCCUCGGUUAUAAUCAUCAUAAUGGGUGUCACCAUCGACUCAAUUUCGCCCGGAGAUGGCAAGAAUUACCCCAAGCCUGGUGAUACUGUAACUAUUCACUACCACGGUACCCUGCUUUCUGGGGCCAAGUUUGAUUCGUCCUACGACCGCAAGUCUCCUUUCCAGACCAAGAUUGGUGUCGGUCAGGUCAUCAAGGCUUGGGAUGAGGCAGUUCCUAAACUCUCGCUUGGCCAGAAGGCAAGGCUGACCGCCACUCCCGACUACGCUUACGGAGAGCGUGGUUAUCCCCCCGUCAUUCCUGCCAAUUCGACACUAAUUUUCGACGUCGAGCUCCUCGCCAUCAACGGCAAGAGUGCUUAGCAGUAUUGCCUUUGAAGGACAUUUUCGUUCAUCAGGCAAAGCAAGGAACAAAGUAGGCCGUCUCGGCAUGCGGACAGGGAAGGAUCCUGAUUGAAAGCUUGAAACUUUACACUGACGCCUGGAUGAAGGUAGCGGGAACAAAUUUAAUCCUCUCCUUCAGUGGUUAGUUUCAUGGAAUGCAACUUCUUGUAAUCUUGAGCCUUGGAAGUCGUGAACAAUCGAGGGUACUUAACGGCAAGAGUAAUGAUACACAUCCCCACUUGUAC